ACGCGAGGGCCGCCCGCCCUCCCCGCCUUGGCGAUGCCAGGCUUCCCCCGCGCCCCUCGGGGACGGGCAGGCGAGGGCAGCGGGCACCGGCGGCCGGCGGGGGCGAACCGGGCGGCUGCGGCCCUGCCGGGCCCUGCGCGGGGGUUACCGGGCCCGCGGGCGGCGGGGAGCGGGACCGGCGGGGAUGAUGCCACCGGCCCCCCCCGGUGCCCGAAGCGGCCCCUCCUCGAGCCGGGCCCGGGCCGAAGGCGGCUCCCGGGGCAGCCGCGAAGCUCCACCGGUCCCGUUCGUUCCCUCGGCGGAGCUCCGGGGCCGCGGUCGUUGUUGGGGUUUUUCCCCUUCGGGGGAAGGAGCGCGGCCGUGCCAGCCCGGGAAGGACCCUCGGGCAGCAGAACCCACCGGGACGGCGGAGCGGGGCCGGGCCCGGCGGUGCCCCGGGCGGUGUGGACGGCAGCGGGGCCGAGCCCGCCGGGGCCGCGGCCACCCGGGGCUGGGCAGGGAGGCAUUUCGGAGCCCGGGUUCGGAGGUAACGGCACCGGCUCGGCCCACGCGUGCUGCGGACCCCCGGUGAGGAUGGCGGGUCGCAGCUACCGGGGGCGUGCGGGUGGGUGAUCCUUUAAUUUUGGCAACCGGUUGCCGCGCUGGCAGCAUCUUCCCGCUCGCGGUGGUUCGGCCGCGCCGCGGUGCACCGGGGCGGCGGGAACGGCGGGGGUGGCGACGGUAAUAAUUAAUGGCAAUAAUAAUAAUGAUAAUAAUAAUAAUAAUUAAUUAGUGGCGGCUCGGUAAGGGAAGGACGGAGGAGGCACGACCCCGCACGGCCCCGGGGCGCGGCGCGGCGGCGGUUCAGCACCACGGAGAGCGGCGGGGCCGGUGCCCGCUCCCCGGUGCCCGGUGCCGGCGGGAGGACGCUCCGCUCUCGCCACGCGAUGCUGCGGCCGCCGAUUGAGGGUGGGGGGCUCCUGCCAAAGGGCCCCCAGCCCCGGGGAUCCCCGGUGAGGGGCAGAAAGCCCCGCUGCUCCCGGGGAGCCCCCGGUGCUUGCGGGUUGGCAUCUCCGCAGGCGCCGCCGUGAAUGGCGCCUUCAAAUGCAAAUAUUCUAUAUAUUAUAUAGGUUCUCGAUAUAUAGGUGGGUAUAUAUAUAUAUAUAUAUAUAUAUAUAUUUAUAUAUAUAUAAAAGGGCGGGUGUUUAUAGCAGGGGCCGGGACGGAUCUGUGCCUCCUCCCCAAAACCGGGAGCGAUGCGAGCGGGAGCCGGGCCCCGCCACCCACCCCGACCCGCUGCUCCCGGUGCCCGCUGGAAGAGGAGCCCUCCUGGGGCUGCCCACAGCCGGGGCACAGGCCAGCGCUGUGCCCGGGGCUGCCCGGGGCCGGUGCUAUGCCCGGGCCGCCUCUUGGUUUCGUUUUCCGCCGUUUCACCGGAGCGAGGUGCGACGAAGCGGCCCCGGGAGGGCCGCGGAACCCGCCGGGCCGGGGCCGAGCUGGGGGGCCGGGGGUGUGAGGAGGCUGCGGAGAGCCAGAGGACAGGUCUCGGGGGUCCCGCGCGGGUCCGGGUGCUCACAGGUGCCUGUGCGGGGCCGUGCGGGCAGCAGGACGAGUGCGGGUGUGAGCGCUCCCAGGCGUGCCCCGGGGGCUGAGCGGGGCACCUCUGGGUGCUGCCGGGUGUGCCCCAGUGUGCCAGGGCCCCACUGGGUGCUGCGCGCCCACGGGGGUCGCGGCCGUGCCCUCCGGGGCGCUCCCGGGGUGAGGCGGCGGGGGGGGUGCCAGGGAAAGGCCGCUGCCCCCCGCCCCUGGCCGGGAGAGCGGAGCGGGGUCCCCGCACCGGGCAGAGCCGGCGGGGACCGGCCCCGGGUGACCGCACGGGGGGGACGUGGAGCCGGACCUCGGCCCCGCGCCCCGGGUUCUGCCCCGCCGCCCCUCCGAGCCGCGGCCCCGCUUUGUCCCGGGCCAGGGGGGUUUUUCUCUCGGCCGGGAGGCACAGCCGAGGCCGGGCCCGUCUGGGGACCCUCUUUACCGCCCGGACAGGAGGCAGUUCCAGCCGUGUUUUACUCCUGAGCACCUUCAAAAUUCCCCCCCGGCCAUAGAGGCCCGUGAGCGCAGAACCGACGGGAGGGACCUGCCGCCCCCCUCCCUCCCUCCCGUCGGCCUCUCCUCCUCCCGGCACACGGGGUUUAACCCCAGGCUUUGCCGGGGGGGCGGCUCCGCCACCGCCCUGCCCGAGCGGGGUUACCCCCGGGGCACCGCCGCCUCCCCGACGGGGCGGGCCGGCUGCUGCGAGAGGCUGGUCCGGGGGGGCCCGGGGCGAGCAGACGGACCGGCCCCCGGGGACAGCGGCGGCCGUGGCGAAUGGUGCUGCCCCCCCCGGGAGGGGGGUGACCCCUGCCCCGGCCCCACGCCCGGGCUGUCCCAGCCCCGCCGCUCGGGCUUUGUCCCCGCCGGCCGCCCCGUCCCUCCUCCCGCCCUCCCCCGCCCUCCAGCCAACCCUCCGCCGACGACUCUGCCUCAACUUUAGAAGCAGGUCCCGGAGGCGCCGGGCAGCGGGAGCGGGACCCGCACGGGCACCGGCACAGGGCGGGGGGAUCCAUCCUCCUUCCCGGGCUGAGCCUCCUCCCCUCCCUGCCAGCCUGGGAAGAAUGCGGCGACCCGGAGCCGACGGCGACCGCGGGCAGCACCGGCCCCGGCGGGGCGAGCAGAGGAGAACUCCCCCCACUGCUCUGAUCACCGGGAUCCCCCCACACCCCUCACCGGGAGCAGGGAUGGGGCACCAGAGCCCCAGGAAGACACCCCCUCCCCCAAAACACCCUCAGCCUGGAAAUCCAAGGAUGGAGGAGCCCCGUGGGUGCCAUGGACUGGGCAUUCCUGCCCCUGGGAGCUCCCAGGCUGCUCCUGGAAUGGGUCUGCAGUGACCAAGCUGUUCCAUCCCAUCCCUCCGGGACGAGGCAGCGCCGGCGGAUCCGGGCUCGGGACGUUGGCUUGGCUUUCCCAAGGAUGCUCAGCACCCCUUCACCUCUCCUGGACGGGGGAGGUCUGUGGGCACGUCCAGCACCCCAGCACUCUGCUGCCAGUCACCUCCCAGCUCCAGCACCAGGAGGGAGCACCAAACCAGCACCAAACCAGCACCAAACCAGCACCAAACCAGCACCAAACCAGCACCAGAACCCCCGUUGGCACUGGAGGAUUGACCCUCCCUGCACUGCUCCGAACUGAAGGAUUGAGCAGAAGAUGAUGGAAAAGCUGGAAAGGGACCAGUUUGGUUCAUUGAUCCUGGGGCAUCUCCCAAAGUGGCCCCAAAAUGCAGUUCCUGUAGGAUGGGGCAGCGUGUGGGAGCCACUCCGUGUCGUGGAAGGGGAUUUAGUGUCCCUGAAGAUCCUGCCUGGCUGUUGGAAGAGAAUCUGGGAACAACCUUAACAGCCCACACUGGUCCAAUCUCCUCCCACCCACAGAGAUCCUGGUUUUGGUAAAGUCUGGAAUAACUCAGCAGGAACCUGGACUCACAUCCCCUCCCGUCUUGCCCCGAUCCAGGAAAAGUUGCCCUUUCUCAGGAUUUUCCAAAUCCCAGCAGACCAGGGCCAUUGCUGUCCCAUGCACCUUCACUGAUCCUCUCCUUUCACCCCCAAAUAUUAAGGUUUUCCUGGUUGAACCCUUCCCAAAUAAACCCCUCUGCUUAAA